AUGGAGAGCAAGGGCAGCCGCUGUAAAAUCGUGGUGGUCGGCGACACGCGAUGUGGCAAAACGGCAUUACUUCAUGUCUUCGCCAAAGACUCGUACCCAGAGGUGAGUUAUGGCGGUUGUAUUACGAAGUUUGUACGAUUGUAAUAAAUAAGUCAUUAUUUUAAUUUAAAAAAAUAUUUGUGUAGCCUACGCGCCAUGCGCGCAUCAGCCUUCUCCAUAAAUGAUGUUAUAACAAUUAAAGGAUUCUAAAGUUUUUAGGCUUGAGAUCCUGUCUAUAGCCUAGGAUCAAUAGCCUCAAUCUAUGGCACAUCUUUUUAAUUAAUGACACAAAUUUUGCCUUAGCCCUAUACAUUCUAGCUGGUCAUGUGUGUUUUAGAAUUGGCUCAGAAUUCAUCUGGUGCAUGCCAUAUGCACAUAGCCUACAUGUGAUAUGUGAUAGAGGAAUAGGUCUAGACCAGACUUUAUCCGCCGAGAUGAGUAGGAAUGGAACAUGGUCUCAUUUUGAAUCAUUGGGCAGAUAUAGGUUUUCAUUGUGCCAUUUGAAAUGUUUCUUUUCAGAAUUAUGUCCCUACUGUCUUCGAGAACUACACGGCCAGUUUCGAGAUCGAGAAACAGAGGAUUGAGCUGAACAUGUGGGACACAUCAGGUAAGGACUGUGGCUUCAAGCGGGACUAA